GUACACACAAGUAGUAACAGUUUAAUAAUUUAUUCGAUUUAUCUUGAGUGAGGAGGUUGCCGGGCAGUGUCGGAUGUAUUUCGUUGUCAUUAAAAAAUAGAACAUUGUCGAAGAGAAUAAGCGCAAUAGAAUAUUUUUGCGGAGACGAUAAACACAGUUUUCUCUUGCCCGAGCUCGGUACGACACGUCUUGUUGGUGCGCCGUGAAAUAGCGUGUAGUUUAUCUCCCUCCCAUUCUUACGCCGGGAGUAGAAUUGAAAAAAAAAAUAUUCACUAUGAAAAAAUUACAUGCUCGUGGGAUCGCGAUUCCCGAGCGCAAUAACGUGAAUCCUAAUUGUUCUUGUUUCGGUUUACAUGCAUGUGAAUCCACUCAAUAAAACUUGAAAACCAUAGCAACAAGCGAUUUUUAACGGGAGUGUGCGUGUGUGUGUUUUUUGUGUACGGCCACCCGAAGCGCUACGAGCUCGUGCGUUCGUGCGGUUGAGCGCAAAGGGUUUUUCGUGUCCGCCGUGCGCGGCGGUGUGUGUCUCCCGUCGUCGUCGGCGCCCGGGAGGGCACGCGUCUAUCGCUGUUUACGGAUUCAAUAGAUAUAUAUAUACAUACGUAUAUGUAUAUUCGUUAUGUAUAUAUGUAUAUAUAUAAUAAAUAACACUCAAAUUUCGAAAAAAACACAGUGAUCCAAGUUCUCGUACUCAAAAGUGUAAAUCAAUGUAUAUACAUAUACACAUAUUCUUUUUAUACAUUCUAACUGAUUGCUGCAUAAUUGGUGAUGAUCGUGUUUCGUGCGUGCGUGUACAGCAGUCUCCGUAGACCGACUUUUUUCAAUUAAAUUUCUUUCCUUUCUUCUGUGCUACGGACUAGUUUUCUUUCGAUCUUUCCUAUAAUAAUUAAUAAAAAACCUCAACUCCAAUAAAACAAGAAUAAUGACAGUGAAGAAUAUGUAAGCACGCGGGAUAAUAGCAGUUUGUACACCGACCAGCACGACACCAGAACGCGACCUAACGCCGGAUCAUAUUGGUACACUCGAAGGGCCGUCCAACAGUGACUUAAAAAAGUAACGAAACACAAUUCAUAAACUGGAACGAACAGACUCGGAGUGGUUUUGACAAUUGCUGUUGCCAAAUUUAUUAGAAACUAUGGAUUUGGACGGUGACGCCGUUGUGGAUUUAUCCGUCAGUAGCAGCACGAGACGCGAUUCUCCAUCUGUACAAGCAACACCACCUGCCGAUGUAGGAGUACCUCUUGACCUUGGGAUACAUUUUUCAUCGCCCAACAUAGAGAACAAUGUCCCCGAAGCAAGAAACAUUCAGAAUGCUACAAGAGGCAUUUUGGCGCCAAAAACUGGCGACGACAGACGACCGAGGCGUAAUUUGCGACCUAGAACGGAAAGAAGUUAUGCCGAGAUUCCCGAGGAGCCGAAAAUAAAUGGUUAUCUCAAUGGCAAUGCUUCUGACAGUGACGAAGGCGAAAUGCCUCCGUUACUGCCAAUCAAAGAAUUGUCAUCCGACGAACUGGCCGAGCGGGAAAGAACGCUCAGAAAAUUGCACGGGAAGCUGAGAUCCGAGGAGAUGAAAUUAGUAUUGCUGAAAAAAUUACGUCAGUCGCAACAGCUCAAGGAAAAUAUUGCGGCCGUCGCUAAAGUCCCGACCAAACUACCGCCUCCCGUUACCGUACAACAGACAUCACACAGCCACAGGACAGCAAAAGCGCCGCCUCCUCUACUGCGUGGUCAGCCAGCACCGAGCAGAAGCAGUAGUAGCUCUCAUGCUCCUCCACCGGGAAUGCUGUUACCACCGACGGUAGCGCGGAGUUCGACAUCGAGCACGGGAAUGCCACCGAACAUGGUUAUACCGCAGCCGCCUCAUCCACGUACGAGACCCAUUUCGGGAUCGACGAACGUUAGUUAUCACGCACCCGCCGAUAGAACGGAAAGAUCAACCAAAGAUCCCACACCUGUUCCGGCCCAUCAGCCGCUCGUUGUUCCACCUCAGGAUAAUAAACCGACCCCGACUAUGAACCCGACUCCCCCUGCAAUUCCGGAGCAGGUAUCGCAGCAAAAAGAACGGCCGAGAGAAGACACACAAUCGCCAGCUCAACGUCAAGCCGCUGCGAAAUUGGCUCUUCGCAAACAACUGGAGAAAACAUUGCUCCAAAUACCACCGCCGAAACCGCCGCCACCGGAAAUGCAUUUCGUUCCCAAUCCCUCGAACACUGAAUUCAUAUACCUCGUUGGUCUUGAACACGUAGUCGAUUUCAUAACGAAAGAACCGGCUAUACCUCCUCCGCCUGAACCCUUCGAAUGCACUCAAUGCAAAACUGACUUCACGCCUGUUUGGAAAUGGGAAAAAGUUAACAGUGGGAAAAAGGAUGGAGGACCGAGAGGGCAACACGCGACUUUCCAGAGGCCACCGGCGGGUCGUGACCCUCGAGUCAUUUGCGAACACUGCGUUACGACUAACGUGAAGAAAGCUUUAAAAGCCGAGCAUACGAAUCGGUUAAAGACCGCGUUCGUAAAAGCACUCCAGCAAGAGCAGGAAAUGGAACAAAGACUCGCCCAAGCCGCGUGCCCGAGUCCGGAUCCUCCACCACCCAAGCCCGUUCCUAAACCCGUCACACCGACGAGAAGAGUCGCGACGCCACCGGCACCACCGCCAGUCGUUCAGCAAGCUCCUCCCCCGGCACCAACUCCACCAGCUCCAAAAAUGCAAGAACAUCCUCUUGUCAAAUUGGCUGAAAGUGGCAAAUUCUCACCUCAUCAUGCAGCUGCUGCGGCUGCUUUACAGCAGCAACUUUUGCGAGAAUUGACGAAAAAUCCCGUGCCCGGUUUGCCACCUCAUCAACCACUACCAGCUCACAUGAUGCCACCGUUCAAUCCUAUUCUGUACCCCUAUCAAUUGGCAAUGGCACAAGCAGCUGGUGGCAAAGGUUUGGUCGAGUUGCAACGUCAAGCAGCGGAUCUUCAGCGUCAAUAUCUAUUGGAUAUGAUUCCAUCGCAGACAUCACAGGGCCAGGGCAGCCAGGCUUCGUCCCGCGCUCAUCCUCACAAUUGGAAGACGUAACCGAAUGUGCCCCAAUGUCGAGAUUAUUCGUGAAUUCAAUGGGCAAAAAACAAACAUAAAAUAGAAGACGAAAAGCAAAAUGCUCAAACGGUCGCGACUCGGAAGUGAAUUUAAAAAAGGAAGAUCGCAUCUUUUAACAGCUCCCAAAGCUGGAGGGUGCGAUCAGUUUUUUACUGUUGAGAGCGCGAACCGAGGAGCUUCGUUGGGUUGAAACCAAGUACGGAAUUUCUGAGGGCCGGAAAUAAAGCCUGAGGAACACUAAUAAACAAACAACGCGAUAAACUUUUUCUCCUAUUUUCCGAAUGAUAAGGGAAAAUUGGCCAACACGUGCGAGGCAAAAUAAAUACGAGAAUAUAUUAAAUUGAGAUACGACAAAACGACAGAAGAAAAAACAAACUCGAGUGUCCCAUGUGCAUAAUAAGAAUGAAUAUUAAUAAUAAUAUUAAUAUCAAUUAUAAAUAUAACAAUGAUAUUGAAUGUGGAAACGAAAAUUUCGUGCCACGAACGUGUUCGUAUUGAUAACGAUAAAUCGGUGAGAUGACCGGAAGAGCGGUAAAUAUUGACAAUGACGUAAUCACUGCGAUGAUGAACGCAAAGUGUUUUUUUUUCUCUCAUCCCCAAGGGUGCUUGGUGAUACGUCAAGGAUGAUAAUCGUAGUAAUUGUCGAUUUGAUAGCUAUCCGAUUGAUAUUCUUUAAGGGGAGGAGGGGAGAGGCUACCAGAGGAAAAAUUUCAUAAAAAUCGUUUGCCCCCCCGGUUUGUGUGUAAAUCUAUAAAAAUAAUUAUCGUUUUAUUUCCUUUCUCCAGUUGUGAAUUUAUUGGUAAGGGGCCUAGUGCUCCUUAUACGUCGAGAAAAAAAAUGAUCGAAUGAGCGCGAGAAAAGAUGUUCGAGCCCCCGGGGCUCGCAACGAUGAUACAAUUUUUUCUAACGAUGAAACGAACUGAAUGACUUUCUCUCAAUCCGAUAAUGUAUGUGUAUGUUGCGGGAGUGUGAGAACGAAUGCAUGGGUACCUCUUGAACGUUUAUGCGCUAACGUCCUCUGUAAAAUGAUUCUUAUUUUGAUUUUUUAAUUAUUUUUGUGAUUUCGCAAUUGAAAGAAAUAGCGAUCGUUUAUCGAGGCUGCAGGAAAGACUUCGAAUCUGGGGGGAGGAAUGAAAACGUGGAAAAACGAUGAAACGGAUCUGUUUACACAUAGAAAAAAGCGCAAUGAAGGGCAAAUAAUUAAUAAGCAAACAAAGAUAUUAAAUUUAAUUAAUCUGAUUAAUUAAAUUUAAUUUUUAUUGAUUACUUUCGCUCGUACAUUAUCAUCACCGUCGUAUUUUGUGGUCAAUUUUUUCUUGUCCGCACGAUCGCGCUGGCAACUGUCGCGUCUGAAUUUCUCUUCUCCCCCCUCCCCCACAAAUUUAUAAACAAAACAAAAAGAUGGAAACAUUCAACCGAAUAGUAGAUAAACGCUAAUAAUCUCGAUAUUUCUCAUUAUGGUAUCGUACAAGUUAUAUAAUAGCAUAAUCAACCAAUCAACGUCAAAUUAUCUCUCUGUCUCUUUGUACAUGUCGCAAUAGAUUUUGUGCUCGAAGGAAAAACAAUGACAUACACAGAAAGAAUAAUGAAAUGGUUCUCAGCUCUCCUUUUUAUAAGUAAAAAUAAUAAUUGUCCUGAGUCGCUCUCCGGUCGCAUAACGAUGUCAAAUGAUAUUAAACUUUCCUCACUCGCUCACCCCAUUUUUCACCUUUGCCAACGCAUUGACGAAACCAUUUGUAAAUAUUCAUUCGGAAAACAAGAUUUUUUUCUUCGUUCCUCGAUAUUCGAGGUAACUAAAAUCUUUUCAAAUUGAAUUUUUCUUUCGCUUUUUCGUCACACGUGAACGAAGACAAAAAACUAAUAAUUAUUUAUUACUCUUCCUUGGAUAUCUUGUGACGACACGUGUUAAACUUUCUCGAUGAAAAACAAAAUUUGGGAUUUUACUAAAAAGCUACCAAUUAUCGCACGAAAACACACACUUUUGGGAGUAAAAGAAGUUUGAAAAGGCCGCUUGGGACCCCAUCCGUCAAUCACCCCUCUCCGGAUAUGGAUUUAAAUAGCAGGUAAUCACCGAAUAUUUAAUGUUACUCAAGGUAAUGAAAUAAAGCUUGUCAAUAAUUGUA